GAAUGCAUGAGCAAUGGAGUUAUGUGUGAUUCCUACAAUAGCUAUAAAUUAUGUGAUGAUGGAGUUCCGAUUGGUACUUCUAAAUCAUGUGGAUUACAGGCAUGCACUAGUUCCAAUGCAAUAUGUGAGUACGAGUCAAGUAUUGUUCAUACAACAACAAUUGUGAUUCCGUGUGAAGGCAGUUGUGCCAAAUGUCCAGAUAAUAGCGCUGAACACAACGGAUUUACUUGCGUUACUGAUACAAAAUUUGUGCGUUGUGCCAAUGAAACACCAGUUUAUGAUCAUAUCUUUACAUGUGAGCCAACUGAAGUGUGCAGUAAUGAUUUAUAUUUAAAGGAGCAAACUAUAUGUGCAGAACAAUGCGUACUAGAUCAUUAUGGAUUUGAAAAGACAUGCGGUACUUCACUUAUUCCAACAGAACCACCACCGACAACAACAUCGUCACCUGAUCAGUUAAAAGUGGUGUGUGCAGCGGUACAAACCACCAAAACAUAUUUCUACACCACGAAUACUAAUGAUCUGACUUGCAGGGCUUACAUCUAUUGUGAGUAUCGAAAAAAUGUAUGGACAGCUAUUGGUAUGGCCUGCCCAGAAGGUUAUUUCUCAGAUGCACAGCAAAAAUGUGUAACGGGAGAGAAGCCAUCAACAUGUCCAGAAUAG